UUCCUGAUCGUCGGAUCGGUGCUGAUCACAUCCGACCACACAGUGUUCAAGAUCAUUGAUACGAUGGAUACGUAAAGUGGGCCGCAAAUGCCGUUUAAAGAAUCGCACUGGAGGCCGUAGUGAUAGGAUGUCGUCGCAGUGUAACCACUUCGUGCAGAAUGCCUGGAAGAAGGAGCUCUGCUCGAAUUGUUUCAAACCCCGUGAAGAGCAUUCGGAAGCCGUCGAUAACAACGCGAGGUUCAAAGGAACGACGAUGACGACGAAGACGUCGAAGACGACGAAGACGAUGAACGUGAUCGAGGCGAUGCCGCAGGGUAUCCUCAAGGGAAAGACGUCUUCCAGGGGGAAGAAGAAAGUCGCGUUUCCCGAUUCCUUGACGGAAGUGAUCGGCUACGGAGGUGACGAUUUCUCGGACUCGGAGGAGUUCGAGCUGAGCGAGUCGUCGCUGGGCGUGGAGGACGAUCUUCCCGAUGGCGAGGAGGAGCGAGCACUCUGCAACCUGACGAGAGCCAACACGAGCUUUAAUACGGUAACCGCGAAUCUCUCGUCGAGUGGUAUUCCCGACGCGAAGAAGUCCUUCGCCUCGUUGAUGCUGGGCAAGCCGCGGAAGGACUCGGACGGCAAGAAGAAGACCCUCCUGGUAUCGGUGACGCCGUUCGGCGCCGGGGACGCGGUUGUACCGACGGCGAAACGACCCGCCGAACGAAAAGCUGUCAACUUCUCGAUGACGAGUAGACAGACCAGCGAGGUCGCCGACGCCAAGUCAGAGGUCACCUUAAAGUCGGUGAACAGCAUAGCCGAGGACAAGAUCGUCCGGGAUAGAAACGAGAAGGAGGCGACGUCCGUUCAGACAGAGAAGAACGGCUCCGCCCUUGAGAAGAUCGUCGACAUGCCCCUGAUCACAUCGAGCAAUCUUAUUUCCGUUAUACAGAAGAGCGAUUCGCUGCAGCAGAGCGUCGAGGGGCCGACGGUUUCCGGAAGAACGGUAAGCAGCGACCAGGUCUUCCAGAAGACGGGCUUCAUCGCUAAGGCGAGCGCCGAUCGGAAGACCGGGAUCACCAGGACACCCGCUAUGAAGAAGCAGAAGGACGCCGACAAGCCGAUCAAGAUUGCGACUCAGGGUAGCUACAAGCAGACCCUCGACUCGAAGAACGAGUACAUCGCUAGGACGACUGCAGCGAGGGAAAAUGAGAGCUACGCGAGAAUCGAGGAUCGGGAUGGUGAACCGGAGCCGAAGAAGACCUGGGGGAAGGACGUGAACACGAUGGAGGUACAGGCCGCGGACGAUGAGGAGGGUGAUAACAAACCGGACGAAACCGAGGCUCCGGGGUCAUUCGGGCCGAAGGUCAGCAGGGAACUGGCCGGAGAGCCGGACGGCAAAGCCGACGAGGAAGUCGUUGAACCGCCAGCCUUGCCGCGGAGCCCGCCGCCGAUCGAGCCGCGGAAUUCGUCGUUCCUCCACAGCGUCGACGUGAAUAAGAAGGCAAAGCCGACGGUUCCCCAGAAGCCCUCCUUCCUGCCGCCGAAGGCACCGUCUGCAUUCAGGAACGGUUCCUGCGAGACUAACUCGCGAGCAACGGGACCGAGGAGUCUUAACCUCAGGGGAACGCAGGAUCAGCAGCAAAGCGUCGUCGAAGAGGAAGAGACAACGGCGUUGAUUCCGGGGAGGGGGGAGGACGUCGAAGAUGAAACGGCGAGCCGCGUGAUCACGCUCGUUGACGUCGACGGGGACGCGGUCAGGUCGUCGAACAAACGACGGAUGGCCCCGAAACCACCGCCCCCGACGUACGCGUCGACGGUCGACGAAGCCGGAGGAUCGCUUUUUGCCCGCAAUCCAGGCGCGGUUAAUUUGAAGUCCGACUCGCCGGUCGUCAGGGAGAAGGAAAAGCGGGAGAGAGCUUCUUCGUGCAGUCCUAAAUUCCGGAAGGACACCGAUCAGGAAGCCGCUGAUACGCAGACGAGCGAGCAGCCCGGUUCGUCGGUAAUCGACGCGGACGCACGAAGGAUGAUGUCCUUGUCUCAGGACAGUUUAGCCAACGGCGCCGAUAAAAUCGAGGAGAAGAAAAAGGCCCGGUCACGCUUUUCUCUCAAGAAGUUUCUCAGGAUGGGAUCGAAGAAGGACCAGGUCGACGGCAAUCCCGGCUUACCGCCCAGACUCGACGAUCCUCCAACCUCGCCCCAACCGACGGCCAAACCUCGACUCGAAAUCAUACAUCCUCUGGAGCUCGACGGCGCUGCCGUUGAGGUUGUCAGCAGGGAACGCCUUCCCAGGAUCAGCAAGGAUCAGAGGACCGACGAAUCGGUUAGCGAGGCCGAUCAGUCCCAGCACCUCUCGUCGCCCUCUACCGGCAGCCCCCCUCAUCAUCCCUUUGCGAGGCCCGGGAAGCCGCCGCCACCACCCAGGAAUCAGUCCCUCGACGAUUGGGCCCGACUGGACCCGGCUAACAAGCCGGCUCGACCGCCACCCCCUCGAACCGAGAUCAAAUCACCGAGUAAAUCGUGGCAUCCGCCGAAUCCGACGAGCCCCGACUCGAUCUACGCGAAUCUGGCAGCGGAGGAUGUUCCAGGUGAAGUGCGGAGCGGCCUCGCACCCUCAAAGCCUCAGAGGACGGCCAGCAUGAGGGACCAGGCGAUCUGCCAGCCUCCGGUGAAGAAGCGACCGGCUGCGGUGCCCCCGAACCACGAGGACUACGAGACCCUCGCCAGCCCUCGAUCCGCAUCCACGACGGAUUCAUCGAAUCUGUCGAACGACAACCACGCCUACGAGUGCCUCUCCAGUUCACCGGAGUGCGAUUCCUCCCUCGAUCUUCGGCACGGAGUGAUCAGUCGUGAGGGAGGUUUUCAGCUGAACGGGAAGAGGAAGUCGGACAGCAGUGCUCUCGAUCCUGGAACCGACUUCGCCUACCACAAUCAGCCGUUCACCAGGUCGACGUCGCUGCCAUACUGCGGCAGCGAGACAGAGAGCGAGCUUUAUUCGCCGUACAGCUUUUGCACCGGGGACGAGGGCCCAGAGGACGACCAGGACUGGAAGAACGGUAAGGAAUGCGAGUCCAGAGUUGGAAGGCUGAGGCAGCGCCGGGGAAGAAGCAUCGUUCAUCGAAGUCUCGAGGACAACUACGGAGCCGUCAUUGUCGCGAAUCACGAAGCCCUGGCUCAGGUGUUGGAGCAGCUAAAUCAAACGUCCGGAAUCCCACCCGCACUAAGAGGUCUGAAAACGGCGAGUCUACGGCUGUCGGAUUUCAUUUUGGACCCGAAGUCUUCGCUGCCGUUAGGAAGGCGUGUGUUUUAUUCGGCUUCGUGGAACGACAACUCGGUUACGAUAUGCGUAGCCCUUGAUCUGACGCUGCACGUAUCGCGGAAAGAGUUCAAUCUGGUACCGAUAAUCGAGUUCACCGACACGAUACCGGAAUUCAUUGCUGAGAAAAUAGUAAACCACGGUUGGAAAAGCAACGUCGAGGCCACGAUCUCGGUGCUGCCGCAUCUUCAGGUGACAACGGUCGACGCCUUCGCUGGAUCCGUGAAAGACACGGGCGACGAAGGAUUCGUGAGAGAGGCGUCCUUCGUUCUUUUGCAGCUGGUUAACGCCUUCAAGAAUUUACAGGCUCGGGGGGUGGAGGAGGCACCGCUAAAUUUAAGCAACGCCGUCCUCUGUCGAGAGGCCAAGGACGCCUGCUACAGACUCUACCUUCUUCAAAGCCUAAGCUCGGAUACCAACGGGGAAUGGGAAGAAGAAAAGGCCUCCUUGUGUCAGUGCGUUCUUCGGGCUCUCCAGGAGCUGACGCUUUCCAAGAGGCUGCCUUUGGUUCAGGAGUUGCUGCAGCGGGAGAGGACCGCCAGUUUGUCUCAGGUGAAAUCCGUCCUCGAGUUCUCCCUCUGGGGUCCUGCAGACGUCACUCUCGGGGGGCCGAGAGACCGCGAAAUGACGCUGCAGAGGUGGCUCGACCUCGAACGAGCUACGGUGCUUCACGCCCUGGUCAGGGCGAGGGCGCCAUUGGCCGUCACCGACGAGUAUCACCUGUUAUUCCUCGUUCGCACUAGCGCGAAGAUCAUGUGCGAGGCCUCGAUGCUUUUGGAUGCCCAGCGGAGGAAAUAAGUUUGUAGAGUAACAGAGGGAACGAAAAACGAAAUUUACCAGUGUGACGUUACGUAUAUAUAUAUAGUAUAUAAUGUAUAUUAAAAUAAUGCUCAAUUUUAAUAAGGGAACAAACUCGUAUUUAUAGGCUAUUUGGAUAAAUUUUAAGGAACAAUAAUCAAUUGAAUACUCGCUGUCGCGGUUCGGUUUAGAUCAAUUAGUUUCUACUCGUGAAUUGCGUGGAUUUCGUAAUCUCUUUUGUAAUUUAGCUCGUAUUUCUUUUACGAGAUUGUUCGUCAACUAUAAGCGAUAACGGUUGGGACAGUAAUCUCGAAGAUGCUUUUAGUAUUUUCUCUCGACUUGCAAUUUGUCGCUAAUUGUCUUGUCUUCUAUUCUCCACUUUAUUUCUUUUUCAAUCACUUUCACCAGCGAACAUCGUACAACCUCCCAUCCUCAUUUCAUCACCUUUACACUAUUUAUCUAAUGCAUUUUUAAAACCAGUACAUUACUUUUGUUUGUACAUACAUAAUGAUAACUUUUAUACUACCUUCACAUAUGUAAAUGUGCAUAUACCUGUGUAUUAAUACGAGAACCAGCUGGAUAAGUAAUGAACUGUAAUCAAAAAUUGCUAGUGUUACUACGUAUACGCAAUUAAUUUUGUAUAUCGAAUUGCAGUUUGUACUAUUGAAUAAAUAAUCCAAUGACGUUUAA